AUGGCUGCCUUUAAUAGUAAGCUACAGCAAAUCACGGAAGAGAUUACAGUUGUUCGCCGCAAGCUCCAGGUUCCCAGGCCCAACCAGGAUAAUCGGGACAACCACGAUAGACCUGACUAUGAGACACAAAAACUUGUCAAGCAGCUGGGGGAGCUUGACUCGCAACAACGCGCCCUGUUUCGAGACUAUAACAAAGUCGUUCAGCAAGAGGAAGAAUACGGAGCAAGACUGGAGAGAGAGAGGCAACAGGGUUAUGCUCAAGUGGCACAGCUUGAGAAAAUUGUGGCAAAUUUGCGGGCAAAACUACCCCAGGCAAAAGCGAGAUCAACACCUGAUUCCUUCACAACGGACGCCUCUACCAGCACAACUAUCCCUUCUGAUAUUGGAGAUGGGGCUGCCUCUCCAUCCACAAGCAAGCAGGCCCCUGGUAGCAAUGGCACUGGCCAUAUCGAGCGUGGUGAACAGUCUUCCGGUAUGUCAGAGAACGCGAAUGUGUCGGCAGCAGAAACCCCCCGACGCCACGGACGCCGUGGAAGUUCGAUUGUUGUUGACACCAGCCGUAUUAGAGCGCAUGAAGAAACAUCAAAGGAAUCAGGAGUGGAACCACAGGAAAGAAAGCGCAAAUAUAAGGUGAAUCGAGCGUCCUCGGGAGAGAACGUGGCGAAAAGGAGAAAUACGGCAAGCUCCAGACAGCUGGACGUGGACAGACCGUUCACGGCGACUUUGUCCUCGGAAUGGACAGAGGAUCCGUUGAUCAACGACGAUGGCACAGUCGACUUCCAUAACUUGUAUCACAAUGGUCAAGUGGUGUCGUUUUGUAUGGUCCUCGAGCAUCCGCCUGAGAGCCACCGAUUUUAUAUAUUCUAUUGCCAAGAACACGAUCAAUUCAUGAAGCACGUUCCUCUCAGCGGGGCAAGAAGACACUUGAGGAGGCACAACAUGAAUGAAUCCAAGACAGCUGCCGUCAAGGUCAAAAUGUUUGGCGUCCGGGUCCUGAACUGUACCCAGGACCUAGCCAGGGAAUACAACGACGCCAUCUUCCCACACUUCAAGGGCAACACAUGGUCCUCUAAGCAAAAGCAGAAGGCGGCAGCAAGAGAGACAAACCAAUCCAACGGCGAUGAUGACUCUGUUUACAAUUUAUAUAGCACACCAACGAGAGCGCCCCUUCAGUCGCUGAUUCCUCCAGCCAGGCGCUCAUCUCGUCGGUGCGCGUCAAGCCAUACCCUCGGGACGGGACACUGGGAGAAUCGAAUUACAAACCCUAAAGUCGGCGAAAUAUACUGCGUGACCCCGCACAGAGAUGACAGAACUUAUGCUGUGAUUGUACUGCCGAUUGGGUCGUUCGAGUCUGUCGGGAUUCCGGGCAUGAGUAUCCUGGGCACAAAUCUGCUUGAAGAGGGUCGGCGGAAAUCCCAUGCCAUAGAUCCCAUUACUGGGGGCUAUAUUUGGAGUCCGGGAUAUGAAGACGGUGGGAUAAGAGAAGACGAAAGAGAAUUCCCAGUCAUCCUUUUCGACAACUCUCUGUUCCCACAGAAGGCUAGUUAUGGGUGGGUGAUGGCUGCCGACCUGCAGGUGUUUGAUGCGGAAGACACUAGUAUUCCCUAUCUCAAGACUGUGGCCGAGUUUCUGAAGGAGAGAAAGGACCGCGGCCUGGCAAGCGGCUUGGGAGAUGAUGGUACGUGCCUUGAUUCUUACUGCCGGGAAGGAGAAAAUGCAAUAACCGCAUUGGCAGCAGCAACGAGAGCCAAUAUUCAAACGGGAAUGGCGGUCGACACACCAAGUGUGCCAGCCGUGCGAGAUAAUAACCAUCCCAUCCCACAAAUCGACUCAUACUUUAAUGCUUCUCCAUGUUUCGAGUCUGAUAGCGAUUUUGACGACGACGGCUAUAGUACAGACGACUCGUCGCACGAACCUAGCGAGAACGAGAACGAAGAUCCCUCCACGGAGCCGGACAUUGUGAGCCGUCAAGCUCAACAUAAGCCCCCGGUGGCCAGGAUGGGUACAGGUACCUGCGAGGAGGAUUCCUGGGAUUUGCCGGGCGAAACGACAGAGUACGGCAACGGCGCAAAGGAGCCGAGUCAAACAUGCUGUUCCACGCAGCAAGCUGGACCAGCAAGACCAGCAUCAGCCCAUGGCGAAAGCACUGCUGAAAAGCAAAAUCACUCAUCAUCAUUGAAAACUCAGGCGCCGUCGGUCGGAUCUGCAGCAGCAACGGUCGAAUCCCCGCCGCCCAGCACAAACACCACGACGGCAAUCUUCACGCCGAAGCAGCCGGAAUUUCUAGCCACUUCUACCAGGGAGGAAGACGUUGGACGGAAUCCCGAAAGCAACAAUCAACAUCUGAGACAGAGUUUUGGGCGAAUUCACGAGACCUUGCCAGGCUUGGAGCUUCGGCCGGAAGUCCCGAAAUCAUAUUCGCCGACAUAUACAUCCCAGCAACGCAUCACAAUAGAUCGUCUCACGCACCCUGCGGAAAUGUCGAAGGCACCACUACGCACAAGAUGA